AUGGAUACGCUGCAGGCGCCACCGACAGGAGCACCACCGAGAGACGGCCUGAAGCUGCGAAACAGGCUGAGUGAGAGUCGCAGUCCCUAUGUCCGCGGUCACAGGAACAAUCCAGUUGCAUGGCAAGAAUGGGGCCCAGAAGCUAUAGAGCUGGCAAGGCAGUCCAACAGACUCAUAUUCAUAUCCAUUGGCUAUGCAGCCUGCCAUUGGUGUCACGUCAUGGAGCGCGAGUCGUUUGAGAACCAAGAAGUCGCAAAGAUCCUCAACGAGAGCUACAUCCCCAUCAAGGUUGAUCGCGAGGAGCGCCCCGAUGUCGAUCGCAUAUACAUGAACUAUGUCCAGGCUCUGACAGGGCGCGGAGGCUGGCCGCUCAAUGCCUUCCUUACACCCGACCUACAACCCAUAUUCGGAGGCACCUAUUUCGCUGGGCCAGGAUCGACAACGGCUCUGGGCGCACAGCCAUUCGUCGCAGUCUUGGAGAAGAUCAGGGAUCUUUGGACCGACCAACGGCAGAGAUGUUUGGAUUCUGCCCGAGAAGAGACCAAGAAGCUGAUUGACUUUGCACAGGAUGGCAACAUCAGCAGACAGGGUGGUGCUGAGCACGAUGGCCUUGAGCUCGAAUUGCUGGACGAUGCAUUGAGUCACUUUAAGCGCAAGUAUGACCCCGUCAACGCAGGCUUCGGGGAUGCGCCCAAGUUUCCCACGCCCUCGAAUCUCCAGUUUCUUCUCAAGCUGUCGCGAUAUCCGACCGCUGUCACUGAACUCCUUGGGGCCGACGACUGUACACUGGCGAAGACCAUGGUGCUGAAGACACUGGACGCGAUGAAUAAAGGGGGUAUACACGAUCAGAUUGGCAAUGGGUUCGCCCGCUACUCAGUCACAAAGGACUGGAGUCUGCCGCACUUUGAAAAGAUGCUCUAUGAUCAUGCGCAGUUACUGCCUGUGUUUUUAGAUGCCUACUUACUCACCAAGAGUGCCGCCCAUCUCUCUGCCGUACAUGACAUUGCCACCUAUCUCACCAGUCCACCCAUGCACGCUGAACACGGGGGCUUCUUCUCUUCCGAGGAUGCUGAUUCGCUUUACCGACCCAACGACAAGGAAAAGCGCGAAGGCGCCUUCUACGUCUGGACCCUCACCGAAUUCCAGGACAUCUUAGGCGAACGUGAUGCCGAAAUCCUCGCCCGCUACUACAAUGUCAGAGACGAAGGCAACGUGCACCCAGAGCACGAUGCCCACGACGAACUCAUCAACCAAAACGUUCUCGCUAUCAGCACCACACCCUCUGACCUGGCCAAGCAGUUCGGCCUCUCCGAGGAAGAAGUCCACCGCAUCCUCACCUCGGGUCGGCAAAAGCUCCUCUUCCAUCGCGACAAAGAGCGCCCCCGUCCUGCCCUAGACGAUAAAAUCGUCGUGUCCUGGAACGGACUAGCCAUUGGUGCCCUCGCGCGAACCGCCGCCGCGCUCUCUUCGUCAGAGCCUACGGCAUCACACACCUACCUGGCCGCCGCCGAAAAAGCGGCUACCUUUCUGAAGGAAAAUCUCUACGAUCCCUCCUCUCAGACACUAACACGUGUGUAUCGCGAAGGGCCCGGCGAAACGCCUGGCUUCGCAGACGACUACGCCUACCUCAUCUCCGGACUCAUCGACCUCUACCAAACGACGUUCAACGACAGCUAUCUACAAUGGGCCGAUGACCUGCAACAAUCGCAAAUCCGCCUCUUCUGGGACACGAAGCACCUUGGCUUCUUCUCCACUCCUGCCGGCCAGUCGGAUCUCAUCAUGCGGCUGAAAGACGGCAUGGACAAUGCCGAGCCAGGCACCAACGGGGUAUCGGCCCAGAACCUCGAUCGACUCGGAGCACUGCUGGAGGAUGAGGCGUAUAGUAAGCGGGCGAGGGAGACGGCGAGCGCGUUUGAAGCCGAGCUGAUGCAGCAUCCGUUUUUAUUUCCGAGUUUGAUGGAUGCAGUUGUGGUGGGGAGAUUGGGAAUACGGCAUAGUGUGAUUACUGGGGAGGGGCGAAGGGUGGAGGCGUGGUUGCAGAGGUAUCGGGAGAGGCCGAGUGGGCUCGGGACGGUUAGUCGGGUUGGCAAAGGGCUGGGGGAGUGGUUGAGGAGGAGGAACAAGAUGGUGGGUUUGAUGGAUGUGGACAAGGAAGGUGUGAUGGUUUGUGAGAGUGGGACGUGUAGAGAGGAAGUAGGCGGGGCCAUGGAUGUGAAGAGUUUGGAAGGUGCGUUGCCAAGGGUGUAA